AUGAAAAUAGUUGAGCCCAUUAAUGGCCAAUGGGGUGAGUGGUCAUCAGCGAGCGAAUGCAGCGCAACAUGCGGCCAGGGUAAGAGGACAAGGCAAAGGUUCUGUGAUAGCCCCGCACCGAGCAACGGUGGUAUAGGAUGUGUGGGUGCCGCUAUAAUCGUGGAGAUUUGUAUGAUCAAAGAAUGCCUUUCCGAGCCCAAUCCAUACGGUUAUGGCGCUGCAUAUGUACAGCGAUGCCCUGUGGGCUUCUUUACCUGUUUCUCUGGCCGUAUCACCUGCAUUGACGAAGAUUUCGUCUGCGAUUGCGCUGCAGAUUGCGAUGACGGGAGCGAUGAAAAUCUGGAAUAUGCUGGGUGUAACGUCAUACAAUGCAAGAAUACUGCCGCUGGCGUGGAAAUGUCGUUCACCCUCAUGGCACUACUAUGUUUGGUCCAAUACCUUCGCGCUAGACUGAUCUAA